AUGAAUUUUAAAUUAAUUUUCUUCCUCUCCCUAAUUUCCCUAUUUUUUAAAUUUUCAUUUACCACUCCCCCACCCAAUCCGUUUUUUAAUAUUAAACAACAACAAUUAGUUGAACACUUUGGGGAGGAUAAAUUUAACAAGAAUGAACGUAGUAUGCUUCCAGGCAUGCAAAUGUUGACAGGAACGGCUGCUUUGGUUCAUCCUUUUCUUCGGCGAGUAUGUUACCCCCUAUACCCUCUACCUACCUCUCUUUCCCUUUUCCCCCUCUACUAA